AAAGAAACAUACAAACGUACAAACGAAAUCGAUCUUCAAUUUUUAACAAACGUCGAUCAAAUCAAUUUGAUUUUAUCAUCUUCGAAUAUAUAUAAAAGCAACCGAUUUGUUCAUUUUUCAUAAAUUUUUUCUACACGCACACCAAUACGCACAUCACUUAUUGUUUAAUUAGUUGAUGUGAAUCUUAUCAACAAAAAAAAACGUUCUUUUAUGGUUAAUGAUAGUAAUAAUAAACAUAAAAAACAACAGCCACCCUCUUCGAAAAAUUAUCAAAAAACGAUAAAAGGACCAAAUAACAACAGUCAAUCUUCCAAAUCAGCAUCAUCAAAGAAUUCAACUAAACAACAACAGAAACGAAUAAAAGACGGUGACAAAAUGGCUGGAUCAACUAGUUCUUCAACAUCAGUCACAACUAAUCAUCAAACUUCAUCCAAAAAAAUGGGUUCAAAAAUUUUGGCCACAAUUCUAAUCACUUUAAUCAAAAUUUUUGCAUUUUUGUAUAGCAUCUUAUCAUUACCCAUCUAUUACUAUGUUCAAAAACCAUGGUUGAUUGUAGAAAAAAGCCGUAAACCAAAAGCACGACAAUUGGAUCCUUCUAAUCCUUACAGUCCAUGGGUCCGUUGUACUGGUGAACCAGCACCAAGUUUAAUUGAUGAUUGUGAUACCAUACAUCAAUUAUUUGAUCGUGUUGUUCAACGUUAUGGUUCGAAUAAAGCAUUCGGUUACCGACCUACUAUUGAAGAAACGGAAGAUGUUCAAUCGGAUGGUCGUGUAUUUCGUAAAUUUGUUUUAGGAGAUUAUCAAUGGAUGACCUAUAUUGAAGCUAAAAAACGUAUCGAUCAUAUUGCAUCUGGAUUCCUUCAACAAGGUAUUAAACAUGGUGACAUUGUAAUGAUCAUGUCGGAUACUCGUGCUGAAUGGUUAAUGUCUGCAUUGGCUUUAAGUAAAAUUGGUGCUACGGUUGCAACAUUAUAUGCUACGCUGGGUGUUGAUGGUAUUAUACAUGGUGUAAAUGAAACCGAAUGCACGCACAUCGUUACCAGUCAAGAUCAGAUGUCAAAAUGGUUGAAAGUGUUGCCAAAAACACCACUCAUAUCUCGCAUUAUAUAUUUUCCCGGUUUAAAAAAGAUGACCACAAUUUUUCCGCCUGAAGUCAAGAUCGUUUCAUUCGCACAGCUUGAACAACAAGGUCAAAUGCAACCAUUGCCAUCAUUACCGAAAAUUCGUCCACUAGAUACAGCCAUUAUCAUGUACACAUCUGGAUCAACUGGUAUACCGAAAGGCGUCAUGAUCUCACAGCGAAAUGUUCUUGCAUCAGCCAAAGCUUAUCAUGCUAUUGCUUACAAUAUGAAAGAAGAUUAUCGAUAUUUUGCCUAUCUUCCGUUAGCUCAUGUCCUCGAAUUAGCAGGUGAAUUUUUCUUCAUGUCUGUUGGCAUGUCUAUCGGUUUUGGUACUCCGUUGACUAUGACCGAUAAAUCAACUGGAAUUAAAAAAGGUUGCCCAGGUGAUCUCACGCUUUUGAAACCAACAGUUGUAAACGGUGUUCCUUUGGUAUUGGAUCGUAUCUCGAAAGGCAUUCAGGAAGAAAUCGAUGGUAAAGGCGAAUUCGCUAAACAAUUGUUCAAUUUUGUUAUUAAUUACAAACGAUAUUGGACGAAGCAAGGCUAUCAAACUCCGAUCAUCAAUCGAUUGGUUUGCAACAAAAUCAAACAGAUUAUGGGUGGUAAAAUCAAAUAUCUUGCUAUCGGUGGUGCACCUCUUCGAGGUGAAACCCAUGAAUUUUUCCAGGCUUGUCUUGAUGUUCAAGUGCUGCAAGGAUAUGGUUUAACCGAAUGUGCAGCUGCUGGUACCCUAAUGGAUUUCGAUGAAUUAUCGACUAGUCGUGUUGGUGCUCCAUUAUAUGGAACCCAGGUGCGAUUAAUCGAUUGGAUCGAAGGCAAUUAUCGUGUCAUGGAUAAACCAUUUCCGCGUGGCGAAAUCGUUGUUGGUGGCCCAAUGGUUACUAAAGGUUAUUUUAAAAAUGAUCAACUUACACAAGAAUCUUAUCAUGAAGAUUCUAAUGGUGUCCGUUGGUUUCAUACGGGUGAUAUCGGUGAAAUGUAUCCUAAUGGCACGGUGAAAAUUAUUGAUCGUCGCAAAGAUCUUGUAAAACUUCAAUUCGGUGAAUAUAUUUCGUUGGGCAAAGUUGAAGCAGAACUUAAAUGCUCCACUUAUGUUGACAAUAUUUGUGUAAUCGGGGAUUCCCUUCAUGAUCAUUUGAUUGCAUUGGUCGUACCAAAUCCAAAAACUAUUAAAACUUUAGCCGAAUCUAUGGGAAAAGGUUAUUUAACUUAUAAGGAAAUCUGCAGUGAUCAAGAGAUUACCGAUGCCGUAACAAAAAAUAUUAUCCAAUAUGCGUCUAAACAGGGAUUGCAUAAGAUGGAAACUCCAGCUCGUAUUCAUUUAUGUUCGGAAGAGUGGCUUCCCGAUAGUGGUCUUGUGACAGCUGCAUUGAAAAUUCGAAGGAAAAACAUUCAUGAUUAUUAUAAAUCGGAAAUCAGAAAUCUAUACGGCCCGAAUUCCCGUGCCCAAUAAAUUUUUCACCAUAAAUCAUAACAUUGAUGGCUUGGCUUUUUUCCUUCACUUGAAAUAAACAGAUCAUCAUUGAAAAUCAUAUAUUUGCAAAGAAAAAACAAUGCUACUUCGUGUGAUACUCUAAGCUCAUUUCGUUUUUAUUUUUUUAAAAGAAAAUCUGUCUAUAUAAAUGAUUAUUAAUUUAUUCUUUUUACCAUAAAAAUUCAAAUCAUGAAAUUAAUUGAAUGUAAAUAAUUUGUUUCUCUUGAAUUUAAAA